AUGGCGACAGAGUACUGCCAGAGCUUCACUGACGGCAUCAGCCCAGGCAUGCAAGAGGUCUGGGAGUGGACGCGCGACAACUUUGACGAUGCUGACAAGAUGUCGUCGCUGCUUCAGGGCGCGACUAACAAAUUCCUUGCCCAGAUUUUGCAGCCAAAGAAAAUUUUGGAAAUCGGCAGCUACUCUGGUUUCAGCGCCCUCGCGUGGUAUGAGGCAACCACCAAGCAAAAGGCUGAGAUUAUCACUCUCGAGAUUGAGCAGCGCAUGAUUGAUGCUACCAAGCGAACAAUCGAGCGCAACAACAUGCAGGACCGCGUCACCCUGCUCGAAGGGCCUGCCCAAGACACGCUCAAGACCCUCCAGGGAAGCUUUGACAUUGUCUUUGUCGACGCCGACAAGGAAGGCUACGAGGGCUACGUCCGCACCGUCCUGGAUAGGAAGUUGUUGUCUCCCAAUGGCAUCAUCAUCUGCGACAAUGUCUUUUCUCGCGGUCUUGCCAUUGACACCAACGCUGGCCCCCAUCUCCGUAAGGAUCUUGUCCCCUACUGGAUCGAGUGCGGCAAGGCCAUGCGCAAGCUCAACGAGUUCUGCAAGAACGACUCCCGCAUUGACUCGCUCGUUUUGCCGCUGUACGAUGGCAUGUCGAUUCUCAAGUGGAAGCAGUGA